CCUCGAUUUAUGCAUUUAGAUGAAGAUCGAGCAGCCUUAUAUGUCGCUGAUAGUUAUAACAAUCGCAUUCAGAAGUUCAUAAUAGGCGGCAACGGAACAGGAAUAACAGUUGCAGGUGGGAAUGGAGCGGGAACGAAUCUUAACCAAUUGAGUCGUCCUUCAGGUGUUUGGGUGACACGUAAUGGUCAAACUCUUUAUAUUGCUGAUAGUAACAAUAAUCGUGUGAUGCGAUGGAACCUUGGAGAUACACAAGGAUCGGUUGUGGCCGGCAGUGCAACUGGUGCAGGGGGCAAUACUAAUACACUUCUUUCGUAUCCUGCAGAUGUGGCACUUGAUCCUACUGAAACAUAUUUAUAUGUUUCCGACUAUUAUAAUAAUAGAUUAUGCCCAUCUCGUCAAUAUAAAUUAUAUAAACAAAUUCUUGAUCAAUAUGGAUAUAUAACACCAGAAUCAUCUAUUCGAAACAUAACAUCCGUUGCAAAAACUGCUGAUUUACAUACUGGUUUAUAUGAUCUUACAGAUAUGAUUAUGUAUAUAUCAAAUGCUCGUGGAACAAAUGAAACAGGACCAUUCGAAGCGUAUCAACGUCAAUUUGUUAAAAUUAAUCACAAUAUAGAAUUUGCUCGUCCUUAUCCAUCAUUUAAAUGA